CAACUCUACUUUAUACUACUCUAUAACAGUUAGUCUUAAGAGUUGUUAACAAGAAAACACAGUGUUUGUUUUCAACUUUUUAUUUCUCUCACAAACUUUCCUUUCCCUCUCAAAGCAUCCAAAACAAAGCAAAAAAAAAAACUUACAAAAAAAGAUCUCUUCUUCUAGUUUCAUUUGCUUUAAUCAAACAAGUUCCAUUCUUUCAAAAGGCUUCUAAUGUAGUACUAGUAGGGUCAAAAUUAGAUACUCUCAUUAUUAUUGUUAGCAAAUCAAGGUUUCAUCUUUUACACUUUUUAUGCUGUUGCUGUAUUAUAUAAUAAUAUACUACUUUAUAUACUCAUAUAAUAGAGAAAUUAUAAGGUGAUAUGAUCAUUCUUACUAUAACCAAGUUAGGAAGAAAGAGUUGUUAUUAUUGACAAGAAUUAUAAUGCCAAGGUAUAAUAACAGCAACAUCAACAUCAACAACAUCAACCAGAAUCAAGGUACAAAAAUCAGGAAAAGAGUUUCAUCAUCUUCUUCAUCUUCUUCAGCUGUAAAGAAUUAUAAGUUCAAAAGGGCAAUUCUGGUAGGAAAGAGUGCAGGAACAGCAACAACUCCAGUACCCACUUGGAACUGGAAGGUGUUAAUGGCAGCUUCAGAAUCACCAUUGCAGAUUUUUGAGAAUGGAGUUAACUACAAUAAUAAUAAUAAUAAUAAUAAUAAUAAUAUUAAUAAUAAUAAUUUUAAUAAGGGAAAAGAGGCCAUGUCAGCAAGAAAAUUGGCUGCAACUUUGUGGGAGAUUAAUGGGUCACAUUCACCUGCUGGAUAUAAUGCUGAUCCUCAUACCCCUCUUUGUCAUCAGCAGAUUGAUGGAUCUAAAAUGGGAGGUCACAGGAGAAGAGCUUCAGCAACUUCACAGAAAUUUCAGAUUACAGAGUAUAUAGCAGGAGGGAUUCAAACUGAUGGAAAAGCCAGUUCAAUUGAGGUAGCUAGUCACAUGGGAGAAAAGAAUUUAAACGUGAAAACUCGAUUGAAGGAUGUUAAUAACAGCCUAAUUGCCUCAAAAGAGCUUGUUAAAGUCUUGUUUCGGAUUGUAUCCCAAGAAGAGCAACAUUCAUCAAGGAUGACUUUAGUCUCGGCUCUAAAAGUUGAGCUUGAUCGAGCAAGGGUUCAAGUAGAAAAGUUAGUUCAAGAGCAAAGGAUGAAUUGCAAUCAAAUGGAUGGGCUUCUGAAGCAGUUUGCAGAGGAAAAGGCGAAUUGGAAGAGCAAAGAACGAGAAAGAAUCAGAGAGGCAGUUUCAUCCUUAGCAAGGGAGCUUGAGAUAGAGAGAAAGCUGAGGAGACAAGCUGAGAGAAUGAACAAGAAGCUAGGGAAGGAGUUAGCUGAUACAAGAGCUCAUUUUUCUAAGGCGAUGAAGGAGCUUGACGGGGAGAGAAGGGCUAGGGAAAUAUUGGAGCAAACUUGUGAUGAGUUAGCUAGAGGAAUAGGAGAAGAAAGAGUGGAGGCGGAGGAAUUGAAAAGAGAAUCAGCAAAAGAAAGAGAAGAGGUUGAGAAAGAAAGACAAAUGCUUCAAUUGGCGGAUGUGUUGAGGGAGGAGAGAGUUCAGAUGAAGCUUGCAGAAGCUAGGUAUGAAUACGAAGAAAAAAACGCAGUUUUGGAGAGGUUAAAGAGUGAGAUUGAAACCUGCUUCAAGAGUGGAACUACUAGUAAAGAAGAUGGCUCUACUAUUCCUCUUUUAAAUGGGAGAACAGAGUUGAAGGAUUUCCUAAGGAAACUGCCAAAAAACGGAGAAGGUGAAGUGGAUGACGGAGGCCCAGGAGAAGCGGACUCAGGAGAUAGCGAGCUUCACUCAAUCGAACUAAACAUGGAGAAUAACAAGAGCUAUAAAUGGAGUUUUGCUGGUGAAGGUAACAAUCAGUUAAGUGACUCUAGAAGGGGUUCAAUGGAUGAAGUGUUCAAAGGAAGGAGAUCACUUUCUGAAAAGAUUCAGUGGGAGAGCAUUUGCUUGCAGAGAAAUACUUCAGACGGGGGAAUAGAAUGGGACUUCACUGCUACUGCUAACAACAAGCAGCCCCAAAACAUAAAUGGCUCCCUAUCCCAUAAAGAAAGAUCACCCCAAGUUUGUGAAGAUGGUGGAAGAAAUGAAGAUGAUGAUGAGUGGUUCAAAAGGUACAGCUUACUUAAAUCUCAGAGAUUACCAUCCUCAUCCUGUCAAGGCUCUGCAAGUCCAGCAAUCUCUACAGGAAACUCAUCCUCAUCGCGUUUAAGGGAGGCCUGCAGCGCAAUUCUGCAGGAUUUAGCAACUAGGAGAGACCAGCUUCAACUUGGAAGAGCAUUGUAGGAGAAACAAGAACUAAAUGUUGGAAAUCAGUAUACUAUAUCACAGAUAUUAUUUAUAAACUAUACCAGUAUUUAGUCCUAAUAUUGUUUUCUUCUUUA